AUGGACACCCCAAACCUACCUCCGCCGCUCGACCCACGAGAACAACCAGUCCUCCAAUCUUUACGCGUCUUGCGGGACCAAUUAACUCUUUUGAAGCAGGAUCGUACAACAUAUGUCAAAUCUUCCGAUGUAAUGCCAUUGUAUGACAAGGUCGUCGAACAAGUCAAGUUGCUCAAUGAAAUUAGAGCGGACAAGCCGACGGAAGAUAAUCAAGUUGAUCGCGUAUUGGAUGGAUGUUUUCAGCUUCUCUCACUUUUCUUUAUGACCAUUGGUCGCAACAACGAGGCACCAGCUGCUUACGCCCUAACCUCGACCAUAAAACGACUACUGGACCAUUUGGUUGAGGUGGAUAUCUACUCGGAGAAAGAUCUAGCCCACAUUUCGCAGACACUCGAGAGACUACGGGAGAUGGUGAAAGCUGCUAGUUCGUCUCAUUCAGAAAACUUCAUCACGCUCCUUUCAAACCGCAUCGAGGUAUGCCAGCGCUCUCUGGUAACCUUAAAUACACGUCUCGCCCGGUUAUCGGAUGAGAUCAUGCCAACUUAUGAGAAGUUGAUUUCAAUUCUCCGGUCCCUUUCCCUUGCAAACACUAAGUCCAAGUUUUCUGCCACUGAGGUCCAGAAGUUGCAAGCGCAGUUGAAAGAAAUUGACGCCCAGCGAAAAGAAGGCAAGUUCGUUACAGUAAACGGAGAGGUGUUAGCAGGCGAUCACGAGGUCUCUGAGCUUUUAACUAAGGGAAUCUACUGGGCUAAUAUGGUUUUGGAACGAAAAGGAGUCUGCCCAGAGCCUUUCCGCGAAAAAUACCAAACGCUUGUUGAGAUCCGGAAUAAACUAGAAAAGCUUUCUCUUACUCAAGCAUGGUCACUUAGAGAGACCGAUCUGUAUGAUUACCAAAGACAACUGGACAGGAUUGACGAGAGCCGUAUCGAUGGCAACUUUGUUGAUUCAGAAGGCAACUUUGCAGAACUUUAUGUACAAAGGACAUUACUCUACCUCAUUCGCCGGAGUUACGCAUAUAUAUACUUUCUAAUGAUUGCCUCUGAGCCAGUUUCAGAAGCACUUUUGCCUGUUUAUAAUCAACUGCAGACACUGAAGCGAUGCCUACUGGAAGUUCAAAAUUCAGGUGGGCUCAACUCCCUGGAUAAUAUGAGGGUAGACGGGAAGUUCAUGGUUGGAAAAGAAAUUCCCGAAGGCCAAGGAAGCGUCAUUGAACUUCUCUCCGAAUGUUUCGAGCUAAACUAUGAGCUGCGUGUCGCUGCGGAGCAGGAAACAGAUGAUUAA